AUGCAGUCCGUCAAUCAUCCUAUCCCACGAUGCGUCUUCGCUCAAAACUACCUUGGUAACAUCCGCAGCAACAAUAGUAACAGUGAUAUUACCAGCACCGAAAACAAAAAGAACACAGAAGCGAACCAACAAUACCAAGACCUAGUGCACACUAAUGGCCAACAAAGAAAUCAAAGACACGAACGAGAGGACAAUGCUCUGCAAACAGACUCUGAGGUCAAGAUGGUCAGGACUCCUGAUUAUAAGAGGCACUAUACACAUUUAGGAAAGAGUUUACGAGGAACUCAUCUAUUAAACAAGCACCAAUACUUGCUACCGCGGCCGUACUCGCGACAGAACCAAAAGUAUCAUCAUCAUCAUCAUCGUCAUGCUAACCUGCCCGUGCAUCAACAAUACCGCUACAGUACAGACGAGAAUUGUGCACCAGAAUAUCAAUCUCAAAAACAUCAUUCCCAGCAACAACAGGUGGAUGGUCAGCAACAGCCUACCCAACAUCAAGAGUAUCGCCGUUCAUCACAACGAUAUUCGCCUCUGUCGCCCCUUCCUUCUUUUGGUCACAACACUACCAACGCUAACGUCAGUACGUUUCAUCGCCGUCACGAUUCCAAUUAUCACCAGCAGUAUGACGGCAGUGACAACGACCGCCAUUAUCCUCACUGUCCACGCACCGAUAUGAAUCACCUCGAAGCCAUGUUUCAUCCACUGCAUGACCCCAUGAUUGAACAAAAGCAACCGUCUACAACUGUAACCAGUCCAACAGCGCCUAUUCCACGAGACCAUAUGUAUCUGAAGGAAUCUCUUGGUGCAGAGCCUCCAUCAAGAGGCAUCACAUCAAAGCUCACAAGACAGCAUUUAUUGCCUCCACCGAUCUUAAUCCCAGAAGACGCGUCUUUAUCUCAGCCGCCCCAGCAGCAGCAUCCAUCGGUAUAUGACAGAAAGGACAUAAUCACAAUACAUACACAGCCACAACAAUUACCAUCGCCAGCACACUCAGCCAUGUCUCCAGAAUCUCCUUCAAGUCUUGCUAUUCACCUCUAUGUCCAUCAUCAUCAUCACCACUCACAACCACAACCAGAGCCUUCACCAGUGUCUGCUACAAUAUUUGCAUCAACUCCGUUCUCGUCCGAUACACCAAACUUAGAGCACUCUCUCUCCCUUCAUUCACAGCCACCAUGGCUUCUUUCACCCUUGAGUACAUCUCUAACUUCCCCGGAGCCUGGACUAGGAACUAAUACGUCUACGUACCCUAAUAAGUCCUUACCUUCACCAUUGCCAUCACCUCCACCACUAACCCCAGAAAUCGUUGCUCCCAGUAAUACGUUGGAAUCUUCGCAACCCUUUACUCGUCAUGACGUAAUUUAUCAAGUCUCACCACGGAGCAAUAAUGUGUCUCCUACAACACCUACGCUGGACACUAUGGCAGUUAUAGAAACGUCUAAUAGAGCAGAGAAUGACACAGCUUCAGUACCUUGGCUCACUCGCUGUGAUAAUCUUGCCAGCUUAAACACAAAGCAAAAGACCUUGUCACCGCUAUCUCCUGAGUUGUCUCCAUCACCAUCGCUUGGCGCUCCUGCUGUGGCUGCACCUACAACAGCAGAUACGGAAUGUCAGCCUUUGCAAACAUCGUCACAUAUGCCUCAAUCUCAACCUCGUCGUUAUCGACAGUACGAUUCUAUUCAUUCACUCAUGCCUGGCUCCGCCUUGGCUAAUCAACUAUUGUCGACCAUUUCUUCCAAAGAUCUAGCAAGGCUUUAUGUCCAUGCAGCGUACCACCUACAUUCACAUCAACCAAUUCGCAGAUAUGUCUUGAUGAAGAUGAUUAUGACUCAAGCUGAAGUGACACAAUACGGUCGCCUACGCGCAGAGAUGCCUCGAGCACCUGGACCAUCCACAGGGGCGCAACCCAAGCCGACUGGGCUCGGGUCAGAGGCCAGAAAAGGAUUGAGUGCAAGGCCAAAGGUGCCUUCCAAAUUGGGUCUCCAUGUGAUGACGAUCCGAUCUGAAAAGGAACAGCAAGCACUUGAUAGAGAGAAAUUGAGACAAAGAGCCUUUACCAUCUCACGGCUACAACAGCUGCAACAGCAAGAACAGCAACAGCAACAGCAACAGCAACAGCAACAGCAACAGCAACAGCAGCCUUUCUCAGCGCCAUGCGAGCCUAUUGAGGGCCUAGAAGGAUGGGUAUUAAAGGCAAAGUCAAUGAUAGGACUCUCCAAUUCCUGGAGACAGUCGUUAUCAAAAUCACUCUCUUUAAAAAAAAGCUCUUCCAACAACUUGAUUCCUUUGUCGCCACUAAAAACCGAUCUAUACUCGACAAAACGGUUCGAGGAGCUGGAGCUUGGUGGACGCAUCAGCUCAAUGAAAGCAAGGACAGCCUCAACCGCAAGUAUAACAAGAGGAGGGCUUAAUGCUUCUCAUCAUCAUCCGAUUCAGGCCUCUGAAGACGAUGGGGAUCCAGAGAUCGAUAGUGAUAAUGAAUGCGAAAGUCUUGAAGAGGAGGAAGAAGGAGAAGGAGAAGAAAAAGAAGAAGAAGAAGAAGAAGGAGGAGAACAAGAGCAAAGGAGGAAUCACACAUUGCAAAGGAAUAAACACAAACAAAGGUAUCGACAUAUGGCCACUACGCAUUCUGUCGACGCAAAAGAGGACGUACAAUAUUAUAUCCUUCAAAACCCUCUUAUAUCAGCAAUACCCACUUCCAACCAUUCUCAAUAUCGUCAGCACCACAACAAUCAUGUACUCAACGAUCAACUAUAUGAUUAUAACUUCAUCGUUGGUAAUACUGCGAAGUCAUCUUGGUCUGGUAAAAUCAAAAAUGCGCGUCGCCGGAUUGGAGCCAUUUCUCAAAACGAGACCACCUCCUCGGCCUUGGACUCGUACCAUCAAGCCUUGAUGAACCAACGGUGCCCGGGAACGUCCAUUCUGCGCAACGUAAAGAGCGCUGAUCGAAGAGACAUUAUCAGUAACAGUAACAGGUUACACUCCAGUCAUAGCAGAAGCGAUACUUGGGACGAAGGAGAGGCUUGGUCCUUUACAGAGUCCUAUGGCCUCUCGGGACUAUUGAUGGUGUCACUCCUCUGCUUCUUCAUGCUCUUGCUUGAGAGCCCAAGCCAAAUUCACUGGAUACAAACAGCUUUGCUGUCAAUCGUCCUUUGA